AACCCUGAGUUACACGAUUGGAAAUCUGCAGUGUUCUAUUAUUCUGAGUUAGUGAUUUGACUACAAUUUACCUGGUGACGUCUCUUCCUGAGUGAAAAAUUCUCGAAUGGGACGUGAAAUAACAUACAAACGAACUAGCCAAAUGCAAAGAUCAAAAAUCAAAGAAAGCUUGUGAUACAUGUAAUGCAGACACAAACUUUGGAUAGAUGAUGAAGUCUUGGAAGGUGAUAGUUGCUCUCUUGGCAUUAUGGCUGCUUAUUAUGAUCUACAUGUCCAACACAGUAUUUCAACCCUCUGAUGGCAAUGUUGCAUUAGAGAGAGAGCUCAAACAAACUCUUAGAGAACUAGACAAGCUGAAAGCCCAGAAUGGAGAAUUCCAGAAAUUGGCAAGUGAAAUCAGGGAAUUGUCCAAGGGUAGCAAACUACCAUCAGGGAGGGUUGCAUCUGACAGCAAGAAGGUCAGAGAACUCCAAGCAAAACUGGACAAGAUGUCUGAGCAGUUACAGAACCAGGAGAAAAUUGGGCAGUUGGAGAAACCCCGGGAGACUGGUGUCUCAGUGCCAGGUGAACCGACAAAGGAGCAUGAAGUAGCCAGACGUAGAGUGGAGAAUACUGCGACAGAAUUCUGGUACUACAUGAGGCAUCAGCUGCUUACACUGAAGAAUGAGGCAGAGGGCAGUCCAAACCUUGUCAGCCAUAUUGACAAAAUGAUUGAGACCUCCCAUGGAUACCAAAGAACUCUAGCUUCUAAUUUUUUGGAACUGGAGUCAGUUAAUGGAAUGGAAAAGUGGAGGAAGAAGGAAUCCCAGAAACUUCAAGAUCUUGUUCAGAGGAGGUUCCACUACCUUCAGAAUCCUGAGGACUGCAGUAAAGCUAAAAAGAUAGUGUGUAAUCUCAGUAAAGGAUGUGGUUAUGGCUGCCAGCUUCACCAUGUGGUGUACUGUAUGAUGGUGGGUUAUGCCACUGGACGGACUUUGAUCCUGGAGUCUCAGGGGUGGCGGUAUGCAGCGGCUGGCUGGGAAUCUGUAUUCCAACCACUCAGCAACACCUGUACCAAGAAAGAUGGCUCCAGCUCAGAACACUGGAAAGAACCUAGUAGUCUAGAGCACGUCCAGGUAGUUGAGAUGCCAAUCAUUGAUAGUCUCCACCCCCGACCAGAUUACCUCCCCUUGUCAUUUCCUAAGGAUCUGGAGGAUCGCCUAAUUCGUCUGCACGGUGAUCCCACAGUCUGGUGGAUAGGACAGUUUGUCAAAUAUCUCACAAGACCUCAGCCUCAGUUGAAGCAGGAGUUAGAGCGGGCAAAACAGAAACUGGGCUUUGUGGGCCCUAUUGUUGGAGUACACAUUCGUCGUACUGACAAGCUAGCAGCCGAGGCCUCAUUCCACUCAGUGGCUGAAUACAUGACAUAUGUGGAGGAUUUCUUCAGUAAACUGGAGCUGCGAAUGCCAGGCGUAGAGCGCAGGGUUUUCCUGGCUUCUGAUGAUCCUUCAGCUUUACCUGAAGCUAAAAAGAAUUAUCCAGAUUACAGUUUCAUCAGUGAUCCUGCAGCCACUUUGUCAGCGGGACUGAACAGACGCUACUCCGACGAAUCACUAAGGGGGGUAAUUCUGGACAUCCACUUCCUGUCUCUUUGUGACCAUUUAGUCUGUACAUUUUCAUCACAGGUCUGUCGAGUGGCUUAUGAAAUCAUGCAGACCAUGCAUGGGGAUGCUUCCCAGAGAUUCAAGUCACUGGAUGACAUUUACUACUUCGGUGGGCAGAAUGGACACAGUGUGGAGGCUGUGGAAAAACACGUGAAACGAAGUGACAAAGAAAUAGACCUGGAACCCGGGGACUUACUGGGCAUCGCAGGAAACCACUGGGACGGGUUUUCUAAAGGCAUGAACCACAGAACAGGAAAAACAGGUCUCUUCCCUUCAUAUAAAACCAAGGAAAAGUACACCAUAGUAGAAUUGCCAAAAUAUCCAGAAGUGUCAGAACGGGGAUGAUGGAGGCUGGAGAUGUAGGCUAUUAAAAGUUUUAUUUAUUUUCCUGUUCUCAGGAUGUUAGAACUGAUUGAAAGUUAAUUGGAUUUAGUGGUGAUUGUUAAUACAUGAUGGAUGAUUAUGUUAAACAUGAUGGAUGAUUAUGUUUUAUAUUAGAAUUUUUAUGCCCCCGAGAUCGAAGAUCAGGGGGCAUAUUGUUUUUGUCCUGUCUGUCAUUUUGUAAUUCUGUCAUUCUGUCUGAAACUUUAACCUUACUAAUAACUUUUGAACAGUAAGAGAUAGAGCUUUGAUAUUUCACAUGAGUAUUCCUUGUAACAAGACCUUUCCGUGGGUACCAACAGUUUUGACCCCGUGACCUUGACCUUGGAGUUUGACCUACUUUUUGAAAACUUUAACCAUGCUAAUAACUUUUGAACAGUAAGAGAUAGAGCUUUGAUAUUUCACAUGAGUAUUCCUUGUGACAAGACCUUUCCGUGGGUACCAACAUUUUUGACCCCUUGACCUUGGAGUUUGACCUACUUUUUAAAAACUUUAACCUUGCUAAUAACUUUUGAACAGUAAGAGAUAGAGCUUUGAUAUUCACAUGAGUAUUCCUUGUUACAAGAUCUUUCCGUUGGUAUUGAACCUUUUGACCUAGACAUUUGACCUACUUUAAAUUUUUUUUUACAUUGGUCAUAACUUCUAAAUGGUAAAUAUUAGAGCUUUCAUAUUGUACAUGAGCAUUUCUUUUGACAAGAUCUUUCUACUGGUACCAAGAUAUUUGCCCUUGUGACCUUGGCCAUCUUCGGAAUUGGCCAUUAUCGGGGGCAUUUGUGUUUCACAAACAUAUCUUGUUUUCUCAGUGUUUAUGAAUUUAUUGAUGUGGGAAUGAGAGAAAAAGUUUUCAGUUUUCUGAUAUUUUGUUUUAAGAUAUUGUUAUAUGUUACAUUUUCCACAGGUUUGUGGCUAAAAGCACUUCAACACAUCUUCACUUCUUUAGUUUUAAUGCAAUUAAAUUCAUCAUGGUAGGCAGUACAACUCAAAUAUCCCCAGAAAAUACCAUCACAUGAAUUUUAUAGUCAAAAAUUUAGAAAAUGAGAUGUAUUUCAUUGAAAACCACGUCCAAGUUUUCAUGGUGUAUGUGACAGGAACAGUACCUGAUGCUGUAAAAUUAUUUAUCAGUAUGUUACCUGUAUACAAAAAAAAAAAAUUGAGAAGAAAUGAAUCUAAUAGGUUUAAUGUUGGUGCUAAUUUUUAAAAUAAUUUCAUGCAGUGAUUAGCAAAGGGGGUAACAAUUGGUCACCUUGUUCAUUGGUUAUAUUUCACCACUUGAUUACAUUCCAUUCUGCUCAUCUAUUCAUUUGUUUGGCUUAGUGUUGUUGAUAAAUGUAAAAUGUAGCAAUGAUUUCAUCGCUUUAAGUAAUAUUAAAGCAUGCAUUAUGUAUUUUCUGUUGAAAAUGAUGUUAUGUACCAAAGGCACUGUAGAAUGCCAAAUGCAGGUUUACCACAAAUGUUAACAUUCAUCAGCCCGACAGAAAUUCUUCAUAUGUUUACAUAUCAUUAACUUUUAAUCAUUGUUAUAAUUGAAAAAAAUGCAUUCUUGCAAAUUGAAAAUUUUGUAACUACAUUUUGUUUGGUAUGUGACGAGAAUGCCCUGAGAAUGUAAAACAUCCACAUGUAAUCUACAGGUAACCUUUCUAUAAGGAGAGCUCUCCCUGUUUUCAACAGCAGAAUUUGGUGACUUUUAUAGACAUCUAUUCAAAAUGUCAGCAAAAUAUGUAACUUUUUACAUUUUUCAACUGUGGAGUAGAAUGAUCCUUUGGUUGAUGUGAUUACAUGUGGAUAAUGUUUUUGUUUAUCAUAUGAAGUGUGAUAACAGUAGCUAACUGCCAAUGAUUCCUAGAAAAAGAAAUCCAAAUUCCUGCUUUGUUUCUUUGUUAGUAAUUUACACAUUUUGGUGCUUUAAACAUUUGUUUGAUGUUUUUUGUGUUCUUUUAGUAAUAGUUUGUUCAUUUGGAUGUGAUUUUAGUUUUCCUUAAUGUUAGUUGGGUAUAGACCUUCCAAAAGACUCCUUGUUUUAGUAGGCCUUUCUCUGGACACAUCUAACACAGGUUUUUUUUUUGCACCUCUUUUAAAGAAUUUUUCUAUGAAAAAGGGAAACUAAUAAGUGUUUAACAGGUGUAUUCUGAAUAUUGUGCAACAUAGAAAUUCUCAAUCUGCACGUAGAUUUUAAAUCCACCUCCUGUAAAAUAAGGUAUUUUGGGAUGAUGUGAGAGAAGAUAUAGGUGUCAACCUUUAUUGUUGUUACUUUCACUGUACAUGGAGGAAGGAAUAAUACAACACAUCAUGAAAUCAAUGACACCCCCCCCCCCCCCCCCCCUGAAAAUUAGUGAUUUUAGAGGACAUUUAUUAUAAAAUAUGAGUUGCAUGUAUUUUGGAUGUUGUGAAACCAUAUACAUUUUAAAAUAUCAAAUAUUUUGUUAUGGGCAUGUCUUGAUUCGGCGUGUUUCAUUGAAAUUUUAUCUUUAUUUAGAAAAAUUUUAUUAAUUUCAGAGUAUUUACUUUUUAAUUUGUCCUGUUUUUCAUUUACUCAAAUUUUCUUUUUUUUUUUACUGUAUACUUUAUUAAACUGUACAAAUAGUUUAGAAUGGUUUGUUUUAGACAAAAACUGUUUGUCAAUAAAAGUUUAUGCCUAUUUAUGUAUUUCCCACCGCUUAUCUGUAUAAAGACGGAAAAAAAAUGUGGUUCCUAUUACAUGUACAUGCUUUUUAGAAACAGGGAAGGCAGGUCGAAGUGGUUUUUUUUUUUUGGAGGAAGUAUUAAAGAGGUCUGUAACUCCAAUGGAUAUGUGGUGAUGGUAACUGAACUACAUGCAUGAUAUAUGAUAAUAUUGUGUAAAUGUACUGAAAACUACGAUGCUGUCCAUACUUUUUGACAUCGUAAAUAUCAAUUUUUGAGGGGGUAACCAAAGGGUAGAUAAAAUAAUUGUAUCCAAAUCCCAUGCAUUAAAAAAUUAGGAUCAGGGAUCGAAAAAUGGGGCAGGUUGAGAAAACUAAACCAUGCAAUAAUUUUUUUGCACCCAAUGCCUGAUAAAUUUAUUGAAAUGUGGUAUGCGCAGUAGUACAUUUUUUGUUCUGGGAAAGCAGUUUUGUUAAUAGAUGUUACUAACCCAUCAUUCUGACAAUAUUUUAUUGGCAAAAAGUAAUGGUGUAGUCUUGUAUCUCCAAUGAGAUAACAAUAUCACCAAGAAUACUAGACAUUUGUAAGUCUUGUCAUUAUCCCAAAAUCUAAACACGUGUAGGAAAAUAAUAAUGCAUUUUUACAAAAGUAAAUCUUAUUAUCAUUAUCUUAAUUGUUUUGGUUAUUUAGAAGAUAUAUUAUUAGUAUAUUGUUUGUUUCUGAUUUAUGAAGGAGGUGAAGUUCCAAUUGUGAGCAUAAAAUUUAACGUGUGUUUGCAUUGUGCAUGCUUUCUGAACGCGACGUCUAGAUAAGUUGUUCUAAUUUGAAGAAAAAAAUAUGUCUUCAUAAAUGUUUAAAUGAAAAUUUCUGACAUUUUAUCUCUUUUGUGAGCAAACAUGGAGUGUCAUGGAAAUUAACCUGCUUGUUUUUUAAACGACUGUAAAUUCAAUUGAGUUCAAGCUUUAUAUACAUGUAUAUAUAUAUGAUAUACGGGUGAUGGGGAUGUAACAUUUUAUGUGGUGGCUCCAAGGGGUGUGGAGUCAAAAAACAGUCACCCCCAGUAGCACAAUGUUCACAAAUACAAUUUUUUGAACUAUCACUUUAUAGAAUUGACAAUCAGUCAUUUCCACGUGCUUUGGUAUACUUUGUUAAACUUAAGUUUAUUUCAAGUGGAUUUGAGCAUUAGGUAUGUGCAAGUUUUCUUAAGUUAUUUUUCUUAAAUGAAGAAAGACAUAUUUUUAUACCCCCAAUAUGUAUCGAUAAACCCAAUGCUGUUGCAGUGUAUUUCAUUUCAUAAAUGUACCAACCUUUCAGCUCAACAUAAAAACCUAUAAAUUGAUGAAAUACAAAUAUAUAUAAUAGAUAUAACAAAUAUAUAUAAUAGAUGGUUGUUUGUCUUCUUGAGAUAUAAAACAAUGUAAGUAUUAUAGUCAUAAAUCAACUUAGCUGAUUAUGCAAAUUAAUCUGUGCUUCCAUUAACUUUAUAACCCCAAAACACAAACAACCUAGAUAUAUAGCUUAGUUACUUGUACCAGAAUUGCCACGUCUGUCUGUAGAUGCAACAUGAUAGACAGUGUUUAGGUCUGUUCCUAGCUAUCACAAGUGUGGUACAAAAACCAAUCUUGAUGGGAAGGGUUCAUCUAAAGCAUGUUUGGAAUGGUGUAUCUGACCCCCAUUCAAUGCUGCAGUGACUAUAACCAGGUCUGUGAUAGGUCUGGUAUUGUAGUAUAUACCUACUGAGGCUCGGGUCUGAUGCAUGCAACACGUGAUCAGGUUAUAAUAACUGUGCCUCUAUUUUGAACUUGCCUGCCCAGUAGGACAGUUCUUAGUUUUCACAUGAGUUUUAAUAUGAGUAUCUUUAUUUCCUUGCAAAGUCAAAGUGCCAUGUGAAAUUUUGUUUGCUUUGUAAAGUUGUAUGGUUUUGAUGUUGAAAUUGUACAUGACAUGUAAUUUACAAAUAAACAUUUUUGAAUGGGAGUUAUAAUAAUGUAAACAUUUUAUAAGGUACAUCUUGCAUGGUUAAAUUAAUCGGCUGGAAUUUGUUUUUAUAAAACUUAUGCAAAUUCACUGUUUGUGACACUUUUUCUGUGGUAUUCGUGGUCACAUGAUUUUAUUUGCUUUGAUUGGGUUGACAGAGAAAUUCAUUCAGAUAAUUUGAAUUCAACCAUCCAAUGCAAGUCAACGUUUUAGUUGAAGUCAAUAACCAAAAAAAAAAAAAAAAGGAUUGGUUUCUUCUACAUCAACUCAGUGGGCUAAAUUAAAUAUUGUUUGUUUCUUCUUUGCAACCUAUCAUUUUAACCUUUGGGUGGGUAGGUAAGAAAAUUAUUUGAUUUAGACCAAAAAUAUUGAUAUUCAACAAACAAAUCUCUUGUAUCAAGUUUUUAGAAUAGAUCAUACCACUAAAAUUUGAGUGAGGUAUUAAUGAAAAACGGGCUGGAAAGUUGGGGUUUUUUUUAAUUAAAGAUAAUGUCUUCUUGAGAAAUAAUAGUAUUAACCAUAUAAAAAAAAAUGAGUGGGGGAAUUUUGCCUGGGUUGGCCAAAAAAGAUGAUUUAAGUUGAAACCUUACAUCAUGGGAUAGUCAAACUAGAGUAUUAAUUGCAUAUUCUGACAAAAUGAUUUUUUUUUUAAAAAUAUGUAUACAGUAUAAUAGAUACUGAAAGGGGUUAUAUGAAAUUGUUAACUGUUUUGAUGCAAAAUUUUAAGAAUUUCCAAAAUUUUAAAAUGUUUGUCUUGAAAUCUACAAUUCCUGAUGUACCAUUCAAAUUUCAGAAUACAGCUUUACUUGUUUGAUAAUCAAAUCUCAUCACAAAUAAAUAUAAAUCGUGAUUAU